AUGUAUAAAUGCAUGAAUGUUAAUCGUUUUCAUUUCAUUGAAGGUGAUACUGAUUCAUCUUAUUGGGCAAUCGCUGGCGACCCAAAUCUUCCUAACACUCAAGCAUUUCAAGCAAUUGUUACCGAUAAACAAUUUUAUGAUAAAAACAUUUUCAAAUUCGCACCAUUUGAUUUCUUCUGUUUUGAUGAGAAAUUUAAACCUAAAUUAAAGAAUAAAGCUGAAGAAAAAGCACAUGAGAAGAAAUUAUUGGGUUUAGCAAUUGAGAAACAAGGUGAUAACAUGGUUGCUUUAUGUCCUAAGUGUUAUACAUCAUUCAACGGUUCAAUUGAUGGAAGUGAUUUUAAAAAGAUUGCACAAAAAAUGAAAGGUGUUAGUUUACGACAAAAUAAACAAUUAACACCCAAAAAUUAUUUGGAUAUAAUAAAUGAUAAAUUGAUAUUUGAUGGUCAGAAUAUUAAUUUACAACUUAAAAACGGGUCAAUGACUCGCUUAACAAUUGGUAAGACUGCAUUAACAGGAGCACACACUAAGGCUGUAUGUUGUGAAAAUGGAUGUUGUAUGCCAUUUAUUUAA